GUCACAUUUAUUGUCAUUGGUCAUACCAUACCAUUAUUUUUGAAUUUUGAGGUCAGUCGCAAUGGAGAGAGAGAAGUUCUUUGAUAAAAGUAUCUGUGGAUACUAUGACGAAUACGAAAUGUCAGCUUUUGAUUUUUCGUCGUGGCGCACUAUAGUGGGGCCAUCUACUGGAGCAACCUCUGAAGGUGACCUGGACACCAACAUGAAAAUGCUCCGGUCAAACCUAACUAUGUUCGAGAAGAGUCUUCGAGGCGGAAACCUACCACGCGACUUUUUGAAGAGGAUGGGGUUCCAGCACCCUCUGGUGCAUCAGCAGACGGUGACGGCCGUCUGCAGCUACCUGCUCUACGUGGUGUCGUGCCACACCGACCCGGUGCUCGUGAACGCCGCCUCCAACGCGCUCGCCUACCACGCAGAGAUGGGCGCCGCCUUCGCGCCCGACCGCGCCCAGAUCCUGGCCAUCGCGCUCAACAUGGGCAUGAAAGAGGAACGCCUACAGUUCUUUCGGGACGAACUGCCGGAGCAUAUGAGGCGUCGAGCCGGUGCUUCCAAGCGCAAGGCCCUGGAGAAAUACCCGGAGCCGUUCAAUGUUCAGCAGUUCGUGGAGUGUCUCACAAAACUGCUGCGGCCCGGCCGCCACUGGACGGACGCGGCGCGCUACACGCUCUUCUCUGUGCUGGUGGCUAUGCUGGCCGAUCCGUACAUGGAGUCGAUCGAGGUGACGCCACGUGUCACCGUCUGCGUGGACGCCCUGCUGCGCAGCUACGAGCGGGCCGCGUGGAGCGCCGACAGCGACAACAGCAAGCUACUGGACCUGGUGGAGGCGCUAGGUCAGCUGCCGGUCGAGGCGCGCCUGCCCGUGCUGGCCGGCCUGCCUCCGCGCGACCGCGGCCUCCAGCUGCGCAGCCUCGCCGGCUACCUGCUCCUGCAGCACACCAUCUUCGAGCAGCAGCCCAACUGCCUGGACAGCUGCGGCGAGCCGCCCUUCUUCGACCUGUCACCCGUUAUCACGGUGGGUAACGUGCUGUCGGUGGUGCGCGGUGAACAGGUGGGCGGCCUGCCGCCGGCCUCGUUCGCCUCCAAGACGGCCGAACAGCUGCGCAGCUGCUACGCCGUGCUGCGCUGCGUGGACGCCGCCGUCGGGUCCGAGCCGCCGCCCAACGCCCAGCACCGCAAGACGCUCCUGCAGCUGAAGGAGUUCCUGAAUUCGGAAAUAGAUCGUGUUCCCGACACGGCCGACGACACCCUGGAGCUGCGGAUCAGCCUCAAAGACUUUAUGACCAUGCUCUUUUCUAAAUGGAGCUCCAUGUGCGUGUAGAUCAUAACCGGUCAACCUUCUGCCCGAGGCCAGAUACGGCUGUCAAGCAGGCUAACAGUUACGCUAUCAUUCCCGAAAUGCUCCCUGCGAUUGUCGUGUAUACUGCCUAAAUGGUAACCCUUUAUGGCAUAGUUCGCCUGGCUCACCGACUGUUACUUCAGGUUUCAUCUGGCCUGCUCCAAAAAAAGAUGUCUACCCAUCUUGUAUGUAGAUCGACUGGUUAUGUGAAACGAACCACAUUGGCAUAUCACAUUAAUUCUCAUAUUGUCCCGCCUGUGACUGUCAUCAAUGAUUUCGUACUGCAUUUCACCGCCGCAAAGUGCCUUUACACCAAAUGUCAUCGUGUGAUAUUUACCGCUUGUAUUGUGUUAUUGCCCAUGUCACAGCUAUGCUCAAAUGGAGUGAUUGGUGUCAGUUGUAUUAUAAUUUGCUAUUCCUAUGGACGUGUCGAUCACGGAAGCACACACUGUAUCAUGGGCUCCGCUCCAAUGGGAUGCAGGAGUUGCGUUACGACUGUAGAGAUAGGGAGAGGGAUUCUGUGCGGACGCAUGGCUGUUCUCGAUGUGCUGUGAGUUGUGAGUUGCUCGUCAUCAUUUUGUCGCAUACAUUCACUGUGAAAAUAAAUAAUAAAAUACAUCGUCA